AAUAAUGUAAAUUUAAGAGGGUUCCAAGGGUGGGAGCAAGGGUUGAAGAGUGGGGAGCGGGUCGGUCUCUGUCCAAGCGCGCCGAGGCAUCAUCAGUCGAACGAAAUGCCGCUUCGGUGGAGGAUGCCGACUGAUGAUGAGGCCUCCGACCUCUACAGACGCAUCGACCAACUCAUCGCAGAUCUUUUCAACCUGAUACGAUCCAUCCUUCUCGGUCCGCCGGCUAUCCAGCAGAACGAUGAAAAUCAGGAGAAUGCGGAAGGUCGUAACGUGCCAGACCUCCUCGCGAACAUAUCCUCCGGGACGAUCUUUAUGGGAAUCACGUUGCGUUUCAGAAACGGACGACCCCGGAGAGCCGCCUCCUCCUCCGCCGGCCAGAUAGCGAAGAAACGCUUCCUGUUGGACUUUGGUUUCCGGCUUAGCCUGAGGAUCGACCUGUUCAACUAGUUCCCAGUCGGCCUCGUUCAGUAUUCACACGAUGAUCUCACUAGUCAUAGGUACUUAACAGUCAUCAAAGCGACCAUGUGAUGAUUCUCUUCUAUUUGUAAACGGUGUUGUAUUAUCUCGAUGUUGAGUCAAUGUGCUUUUGUAAAAACCAAAUGUGCCGUCACUGUCAAUAACCCUUAUUUUUAUAUAAUUUUCUUAUUAUAGUUAUUAGAAAACCAAUUAGUUUAUAAGAUAUUUUUCUUUAACGUAAAAAAAAAAACUAUGUACAAUCUUUUUAUCUAGCAAGUAAGCGUGUGUGACAAAGAAAGAAAUUUAGAUUUUAGUAGGACGAGGAGAAGAUUGAAAAAAAAUUGAUUUUUGUAUUACCAUUGGUCUUUCAAUUGAAACAAUGUGUUCUAUUUAUACAUUUUUGUAAUAUAUAAUUAAUAGUAAUAAACAAA